AUGACCAUAGCUAGCAAUAUCAAAACUUCCCUUCCAGAUGCAGAUAAAGCUAUAGAUUAUCUAGCAGCUAUAGAGGAACGGUUUAAGACUGCAGAGAAAUCCCUUGCAGGGAAACUUAUGGCAGAUCUUACAACCAUUAAGUAUGAUGGGACAAGGUCUAUGCAUGAACAUUGCAUUGAAAUGACCAACCUUGCGGCUAAACUAAAGAAUUUAGGAAUGAGUGUGGACGAUUCAUUUCUUGUCCAAUUUAUCCUAAAUUCACUACCUCCUCAGUAUGGACCCUUUCAGAUCAAUUAUAAUGCAAUUGAUGAAAGGUGGACAUCUACUGAAUUGGCUAAUAAACUAGUCCAAGAGGAGGCUAGACUUGGUCGUGAAGGAAUUAAAGUUUCCCAUCAUGUUCAAGGAGUUGGACCUAAAGUUGGGUUUAGGCAUAAAAAGAGCCAUCAAAGAGCACAACCCACAAUGACCGAUUCCGAUCAAGUUAAUCCGAAGAAAAAAGGCAAAGAAAGAUUACAGGUGCAACUUUUGUAA